AUGCAAAGCCAAGGGGAGGGAGAUGAAAAGAGGAGACCAUCCAUAGGUUGGCUUCCCGCAUCAUUGCGCAAGACUUAUCUCCUCUCGUUAGCGGGCCUGCUAGUAUUAAUGCUCGCAUUGGUUGAGACACUGCGCCAGUACUCUCAAAGAAAAGGAUCUCUCGUUCAUUGGAAAUAUCCAGAAGAUCUCCCGGGGGUUACUUGGCAAGCUUACACCUAUCUGCCAUUGGUCAUCGUUUUGCUCGCCAUCGUUCUCCUCGACAUUUGCGCCCAGGAUGUAUUUCGACUGGAGAUUUACUUUCAACUGGCGAAAUCAAAAGCAACCCCGGCCAAAGUGCUGUUCACUAACUAUUGCAGCAAUGGAGUGACCGCCUCUAUCAUCGCUGCUCGGAACCGCCAUUGGAUUGUUUUUUGCGUUGCGUCCACCUCCAUGAUCUUUCGCAUGUUCCUCCCAACCUUGGUAUCCGGUAUCAUUGUAUUGGAUGAAAAUCUUCUGGUGGAACACAAAGUAGUCAAGACUUGGCCGUCAAUAAUCGAUAUCGACACUCAAACGGCUUGGUUCAACUCCGGUAUUGCGCAUCAUGGAGUUAUGGGUCGGUCCGAUUUGGGCAGUUUGUUUUUGUCCCGUCCCUCGGCCUUCGCCGCGGCGCCUGUCUCUAUUCCCGUCGACGACGAAAACGAGAGCUCAUUAUUGACCCUCACCCAAACAGUAUACUGGUCAAACCUCACCUGCGCCACCGGAUCUCAGACAAGGACGUUUAAUGGCACAUUCUCACCUGUGAACUCAACAAGCGGCUUGGGAAACAACCACCAGGGCUGGCUAUGGGAAAUGCGCGAUUUUGAGCUCCAUGGUGGAGUUGAGGAAGAUGAUAGCACCCGAUGUCAAAUUGGUCUUGACCUUGAAAUUAUCACCCAGGAUUCCGACAAGGGGGAUUUUCAGGCACGUUACUGGGCACCCGUGUACAACAACACGGAGACCAAUUCUACUUUCAUUCCAGGCGACGGCUGCAGCUCUUUCGGCCUAUUUGGUGUAAUUUUGGACUUGAGACUUGCUGAGGGGAACGUUACCGAAUCCAAUGUCACUGCAUUUGGUUGCACACCGGUCUAUCACCAAGCACAAGCCGAAGUCACCCUCAACUACAAUUCUUCUAUCGCAGACGUGCAAAUCGACACUGAGAGUAUCAAACCCCUCGACUCAGCUGAGUUUUAUGUGCAAGGAUUUCAUAAUUUGAUCUCCUCCAGAUACAUAUCGCCACCCCAGAGUGAAGUGUACUCCAAUUCUUCCGCGACUGCUGAAAACAUAUCCGUUAUUGCCAGCGACCAGAAGGUCAUCACCUCUGCUGCAUACAUUAAAAAAAUGCAAUCCUCCUGGAACGAACACUUCAUCAUGAUUAUCAACAAACUCUUCAACCCUGCCGCUAGUCCAACGGUUGUUCCUGCAGCGGAAUCAAGCUAUGUGGUGAUUUUAGAGGUCACGCCCAAUGCCGCAAUAAUCACCGAGGUCAUUCUAAUUCUCAGCUUGGCUCUCCUCGGCAUGUUGGCAUCCGUGUAUCAUCGUCGAAGCAACUUCCUGCAAUGGGAUCCCGGAUCAAUCGCUGCCCAGUGUGCAAUAAUCACUCGACUUUUCGCGCCAUCUACCAAGCUCCUGUUAUCGCAUCCAAAUUUCCGACAAUCAACAACUCGCCAGCUCCGUCAAUGGUCGAAAGAAAAAUGGGUUGAAUGGGUCGACGUCUCAGGAGAACCAAGGCUUUGCAUCGUCGAUCGCACACAGCCACCAUCUGAUCAGCUGAUACCUCCAAACAUCAACAAGCGUCGCGAUCCUUCUCCGCACUUUUUGAUUCUCCCCUGGUUUCUGAUAGAAUCUGUGUUAAUCAUGGGCGUAUUGGCUUCUUUCGGAGUCAGUCUAUCAUACCUUCGAUUGAAAAACAUAGAUGCAUACGCCACCACUGGAGGGACAGUCACGAUGACGUUCCUAUCGUACGCACCAACUGCCAUCGCCUCCAUCAUUGGUUCUCUCGUCACAUCAAUAUACCGCAACCUGAGUGCGAUGGAGCCUUGGAUCCGCCUGCAAGAAGGAAUGGCCAACGCCAAAGAAUCCAUCCUCGCAAAUCGUAAUUUCAGGACGCCGUAUAUGGCGCUGACCCGAACGCGCCGCCGAAAGCCAAUCUUGCUGUUUGGUAUAUCCCUGGUGUGUCUAGCAGACCUCGUGCUGCGCGUGCUAAGUGGUGGUGUCUUUGAGCCUCAAUUACAGGUCUACAAAUCUUCGACUUCAUCGGUGGUCAAGGAAUACAAUACUGCCAUCUUUCAGAGCCAUGUCAAUGAAACGGGUGUCGGUGAAUCUAUAAUGGCCGCCAGUCGGUUAAUGAACAAUGUUUCCUUUUUGCCAUGGGUCUCGCCAGAAUUCUUCUUCAUUCCGUUCUCUAUUCGCACUUCUCAAGGAGACGACACAGGUGAUGAUUACGACGACGUCGGUGAACAGGAGGAGGACGAUGAGGAUGACGACGACGAUAGCUGGGCAAUAUUUACUUCCCAAACACGGGGUAUUGGAGCCGAUGUUGAAUGCCGUGCCAUUUACCCCCAAAAAAGUCUUGCUACAAUGGAUAUUUGGAAUUAUACAUUAUUUGGGGACAGAACGGGAUCGAAAUGUACAGUCGAACUCGCAACUGAAAUCCAGGAGAAAAGUCUCAAUCCGAACGUGACCGAUCACUCUAUUCGGUUUUAUACGCCCAACGGAACAGAUACCUGCCAGACCUCAAGCAUUUUCAUUUUGGCUUCUUGGGUUAAUUCUGGCGGGCCAGGAAACCACUCCCCAGACUCCAUCGCCUUGCAAUGUCAGCCGAAGAUUCUGAUUCAAGACUUCGAUGUCCAAUUCGACUCCAACGGAAUGAUCCAAUCCUACCAGGCUGUCAAGGCAAGCUCCAUCACAAACGGGCCUCUGUUCCAGAACGCUUCCAAUAGCCUGGGCCUAUUCAACCAACGACUUACGAACUUCUCUCGAACUCUGCCAUACCAUAGUCCCACCUCGAUGCAUCGUCACGAUUGGUCUGGACUGUUGACAACGUCUACAUACGACUCAUUAUUUCCCAACACCACCGAAAUAACUACCCAUCACUUGACUCUCGUCGUGCAGUCCGUCUACCGACGAGUUUUCAGUGCCCACCUAGCCUUAUGGCGGGACAGAUACCUUGAGCAUCUACCAUCGCAUGAUGCCGUACCGGCAAAAGCGAUAGCCACAGAAUCUCUCUGGGGAUUAAUGCCAUCCAGUGUUCUAGUUGUGAUCAUCAUCUGCCUUGUUUGUGUGGACACAUCUGCUCUCCUGGUGGUGUUUUUGGUUCGCUUCAGAAAGUACAAGGGGAUACGAAUUCCUCGUUCUAUCGGUUCCCUCAUUCCGUUCGUCGUGGAUAGCUCGUUGGCAGCCGACUGCGGGAAUGCCUAUGAUCUGAGUGAGAAGGAACGUGAGACUUUCAUUCUUACUCAAGAUCAUAGGUAUAGAGUUGGAGAAUUUGCUGGUGAGACGGGGGAUCAGUGGGGUCUUGAUUAUGAUGAUCGCCAUCGCACUCCUGGGAUUGAAUUGGGUGAAUUGGGACGCGACUUGUAA